AUGGCUCAGUCUCAGGAGCUUGUAAUCCUCCACUUCAACGACGUGUACCACAUAUCCAACACAAAUCUAAUCGCACGCUUCGCCACCGUGCUCUCCAAUCCAGACUACAUCGCAGAAGAUAGUCCAUCCUCCAGCGGCCUUGAUAAUAAUAAUAUACUCCGCAUCUUCAGCGGCGAUGCCUUUUCGCCCUCACUCGAAGCCGCGGUCCUACGCGGCGGCCACAUGGCGCCAGUCCUCGACGGUCUUGGGGUAGAUGCCGCCUGCUAUGGGAACCACGAUUUUGACUUUGGCGAGGUACGGCUGAUCGAGCUGGCCAGACAGACGCGUUUUCCGUGGCUUUUGGCAAAUGCGGUUUCGGGGAAGGAUGGAAACCGCCGUUUGCUUGCUGGUGAUCGGGAGUAUCUGGUGAAAGAAGUUGCGGGGUAUAGGAUUGGGUUUUUUGGGUUGGCAGGAACUGACUGGCCGUCUAAUUGCCAACAUCUGCCGGAAUGCACCAUCCUAGAUCCCUCCACUGUGGCUAAGAAAGUCGCUUCUCAUCUCCGUCUUUCAGAAGGAUGUGAUCUCGUGAUUGCUAUCACACAUAUGCGUCUAGUCGACGAUCUAGCCGUGGCUAAUGCCACACUCUCAGGCGCUGCAAGGGUAGAUAUACUGCUCGGUGGGCAUGAUCAUCACGUUGUGCGGAGGGCUGUUGGCGACAAUAACCCGGAUCCAAACACACUACAGUCCGGGUGUGAUGAUGUGGCCAAUAUAAGCAACUUUAGAGGCGAUGUGCGGGUUGUCAAGAGUGGCAGCGAUUGGCGUGGGCUUUCGAUUCUUCGCCUGCAAGUUGGGAAAAAUGAUCAAAUAAACGCUUUUAUAUCUAACAUAUCAUUACAACAAAUCAUAGACCUCGAAAAGCUACCCAACUACAACACCAUCCCCCCCUCGCCUCAAGUUCUCAACGCCCUCCACACCAUCCACGACAGAAUCGAAAACAAUGUCCAGCGGCCGCUGUUGCACACUGCCGUCCCGCUCGAAGGACGAAGCCGACUCGUCCGAGGAGAGGAAACCAACCUAGGUAACAUGCUCGCGGACGCAACAUGCGCUUUUUACAACUGUGACAUUGCACUGAUCAAUAGCGGCGGCAUACGCUGCGACCGGGUCAUCGAAAGCACUACUAACGGUACAGCGCCGCUCUGCAUUCGCGACGUGAUUGAGAUUUGCCCGUUUGAUAAUGCAUUUGUAGUCAAGCGAGUCAGUGGGCACGUACUCGUCGAGGCACUGGAAAAUUCAGUCUCGAAUGCGUAUUCUGACGGGCGUUUUUUGCAGCUCUCUGUUGGUCUGUGUGUGACCAUAGACUGGACGCGUCCAGAGGGCGAGAGGGUAUGCAGCGUUUUGGUUAGUCGUGCACAGGACGACACUCCCCAACAGCUCGACAGAGAGCAAAUUUAUAUAGUUGCAAUGGCGGCUUUUAUCGGCUCUGGGUUUGAUGGGUAUUCCUGCUUUCAGAACACAGAGACGUUAAUUGAUGCGGAGGGGGCUGUUACAGAUACGAAUCUUCUGCUGGAGAUGUUCAAGACUGCGAGGGCCGACGCGGAUCAUAGCGAGCUAGAUAUUGCAGAUGACCAUACCAGUGGCAUUCGCAGGGCGAGGAGGGCGGUUAUCCGACGGUUUCAUACUGACGGGUUGCCGGUGGUGGCGCCGGUGGUGGAGAGGAGGAUGGUCGCUGUAUAG